GGUUACAGUAUACACAUGCGUGCCCUUGUACAUAUAUAGCUCGCUAGCAUCCCGGCUGGCCAUCUAUCUAGUCAUUAUGAGUACGCACCACCAUUAGCUGCACUUGCUAGCUCGGCCACUUGUUCUUCCUCUCCCAUCUGCUUCUUCUGCACUUCUUUCAGCUGCUGUCUACGUCCGUCCGUUCCCAUAUGUACAUACAUAUAUGCAUAUAUAUCUAGAGAGAGAGAGAGAGAGAGAGAGAGAGAGAGAGAGCCAAAGAUUGAGACGGUGGACCGGAGAGGGAGAGAGAUGGAGGUGAAGGCGAAGAAGAGCACAAGUAGCGACACUCAUGCAGCAGCAGGGAGGAGAAGCAGCACGAGCAACAACAGAGGCAGCAGCGGCGCAACGGCGGCAGUGGAGAGGAAGGAGAUCGAGAGGAGGAGGAGGCAGCACAUGAAGAACCUCUGCGUGAAGCUCGCCUCCCUCAUCCCCAAAGAACACUACUCCUCCAAGGAUACGAUGACCCAGCUGGGUAGCCUGGACGAAGCGGCGGCGUACAUCAAGACGCUCAAGGAAAGGGUGGCCGAGCUGCACCAGAAGAGGAUCUCUGCACAGAUCUUGGCUGGCAUGAGAGGAGGAGGAGGUGAAGCCUCGACGUCUGCGGCAACGACGACGAACGGUGGCGCGGGGUCAGAAGAAACCGACGAGGAGGCUGUGACGGCGCCGGUGGUUGAGGUGCGGCACCACCACGACGGGUCGAGCCUGGACGUGGUGCUGAUCAGCAGCGUGGAGCGGCCGUUCAAGCUGCACGAGGUGGUCACCGUGCUGGAGGAAGAAGGCGCUGAGAUCCUCAAUGCCAACGUCUCCGCAGCUGGCCGCAAAAUCUUCUGCACCAUUCACUCCCGGGCCUUUAGCUCAAGAAUCGGCAUAGAGGUCUCGAGAGUUGCUGAAAGAUUAAGAGCAUUAUUGGUAUGAUAGUAUAAGUUGAUAUAUACAGGUAUGUGUACUACAAAAGUUUGUAAACAUAUCAUGUUAUGUAUGUUCUGUUUAGAAAAUAAAACGAGGUCGGAGGGAGACUUUCCCCCAACCUAUUAUAUAUUAAGAAGUUGGGACUUGAACCCAGGAUCUCAACAAUCACGUACUAGCUCUACUGGUUAUUACCUAACAUCUUAACUUCUUCAUUUGCCGACAUGAUGUACGUUGUCCUUAAUUACCUAAUAAACUAUACACUUGGCAA